CCUGAGGACAGUUGUCUGGCUGAAGAGAGGACAAGUGGAGGCACCAGAUUUACAGUUGGGCCGACUUCAAAUCCCGCCUGAAGGGCAAGAGGUCUGCGGAGUGGAAUGCCUCGAGGGCUACAGGGGGAGGACCAGCUGCCACUGUGGAGUAAACAGAUCUGGAGGAGAUGGCGAUGGACUGUGUCAGUUAUGAGGAGGGGUUAGGGGUGUCUCAUAUGGACACGGACCUGCCUGAAAUACUGACGGCACAUGACUUGCCAGGUGUGGAACAACACAUUUGCCUCCUUCUAAUACUGACAGGACCAUGAUCAUCUUCUCAGCGCUGUCCCUGGCGGCCUUCUUUCUCCUCUCACUCCUCUUCUUCCUCUCUAUCUGGAGAAAGCAGAAGAAAUACCAGUUCCUACCCCCAGGACCAGCUCCGCUCCCUCUUCUGGGGACCCCCAAAUAUGUUGGAGUCCAUAAUGCCUGCAAAUACUAUCCAGAGCUCCAUAAGAAGUUCGGUCCCAUAUUCACCGUCUGGAAACUGACGCGCCCUGUGGUGGUUCUCUGCGGCUUUGAGGUGGUGAAAGACGCUCUGGUGAAUCACGGCGAUGAGUUUAGCGGGCGCCCGUUCUUUCCAGUGUAUGAUCGCUACUCUGGAGGAUACAAUUUUGGCCGGCUGCGCAGAUUCACAAUAGCCUCACUCAGGAAUUUUGGGAUGGGGAAGACGGUCAUGGAAAAACGGGUGUUGGAGGAGUCCCAGAGUCUCAUCCAAGCUGUGUCACAGACAGGAGGGAAGCCCUUCAACCCUAUUACCCUCCUGGCCUGCGCUGUAGCAAACGUCACCAGCUACGCGCUGAUGGGGGAGCACUUUUACUACGAGGAUCCAAAGUUACAGGAACUUAUUAUAACUACAAGAAAGUUUGCUCUGAUUUCUCACAACCCUUUACAUGAGUUUGUAAACAAGUUCCCGAUUCUCAUGGAUGUACCAAUUCUCAAGCAGAAACUCUUCAAAGAGAGCUCGGAGCUAAAAUCAUUUGUCAAAAAAUACAUUGAGCAACACAAGAAGACGCUAAGUCCUGGGUCACCCAGAGACUUCAUCGACUACUUCCUGGAGAAGAUAAAAGAGGAGGAACAUUUGCCGGGGAGUCAUUUCUGUGAUAACAGCCUUAUAAUGACAGUCACUAUGCUGCUCGCAGCUGGAAUGGAAACCACAAGUUCUACCUUGAAAUUCUGUCUGGUAGUGGCCAGCAAUUACCCAGAUGUGCAAAGGAAAGUCCAGCAGGAGAUUGAUGAAGUGACAGAGUCGCAGCGCCCACCUGGGAUUAUGGACCGGGCACAGAUGCCGUACACUAACGCCGUGGUGCAUGAGAUACAGAGGAUCUUUGACCUAGCACCUACAGCUCAUUACCACGCGGUGACCAAGGACACUCAGUUCCGAGGGUAUACUCUCCCUAAGGGAACAAUAGUGACCCCGUUCCUUACAUCAGUGCUCUCUGACCCCACCCAGUGGGAGACCCCCAAUGAGUUCAACCCGGGGCACUUUCUUGAUGACAAAGGGCAGUUCCGCACAAGACCAGCAUUUAUGGCGUUUUCAGCAGGGAAACGUAUCUGUGCUGGAGAGAGCCUGGCUCGUAUGAAGCUCUUCCUGCUCUUCUCUGCGCUGCUCCAGAAUUUCACCUUCUCCCAGCCCCCUGGAAUCCCGCACCAGGACUGUAAGCAGCUGCAACAGAACAAGUCAAACCAUCAUUUCUCCCAGCUCUGCGCUACACCGCGCUCCCUGUCACCCUAGGGACCUCUAUGCCUUGCCCAAAGAGCAAGCACUCUACAGACACCAGGCAUGUGAUGUCACUCAGGUGGCCAAGAAGAGUCUUCCUCAGCUCCUGUGUUUUUAGGACACACUAUAUUAUACUAACACCA